CUUAUGGUCGACGGCAUUGUGCAUAUUUCCGGCAUCUAAACAGCAGCCCGAAUUCCAUAGAUUGAGUGUAGUAAAACAUGGCUUCCAAUAAUUAUUAUGAAUGGACGCGUCCGUUGACAACCAGCGAAUUGUUGGAAGAAAUUGAAAACAUCGAAAAUUCCGAAGAUCUUCCAGAUGGAAUUAUUAUUACUCCAGACGAUUUUUCCGACAACACGGACUGCGACUCUGGAGACGAAGAUUCCAAUGACCCGGACCACUCGAACAGCAAUCAACUUUCUGCUCAAGCUGAAUAUUACUUCAUGGACAAUGAAAGGAGAUCACAAAAUGAAACAGUGAUUGAGGGGGUUGCUGGUAUUGAGUGGGAUGAAGAAGACAAUUUACCGCUCGCAUAUUUUGCAAGUCACUCUGAAUAUGAAAAAUGUAAGUGGAUGAAAGGCGACCUACAGAGUGAUAAUACGGAAACAUUUUGAAAUUUUCCACCUCCACUUACACUGACAUCGGAGAGUUCGCCUCUCCAAUUUUUUCAACUAUUUUUGUCACCCGAUAUUCUAACAGAUCUUGUAAAAGACAGCGUUGCAUAUGCUUCUAAAAGAACCAGCUGAACUUUGAACUUUGUUUGGACGAAAUGUAUGUUUUUGUUGGAAUUUUAGUCUUGUCUGGAUACGUUCCUCUACCGAGAAGACGGAUGUAUUGGGAAGAAAGUGAGGAUGUUCAUAAUGAACUAGUCGCCAAAUCAAUGCGUCGAAAUCGAUUUGAAGAGAUUUCUAGCGUUUUCCAUGCUGCUGAUAAUGACAAUCUCCCAGAAGGUGAUAAGUUGGGAAAGAUACGUCCCUUUAUUGAAGCCAUAAAUAAAAAUUUUAUAGACGAAGCGAUGAUACCAUACUACGGUAGGCACGGAUGCAAGCAAUACAUAAGAGGCAAGCUCAUUCGCU